UUUCAUAGUAUGGCGACUAUGCAAUAUAUAUAUUUGGCGCCUGGAAUCAUGCAUCGGGCCCCUGCCGAUCGUCUACAUUGUUACUCGAUGGAAUUUACGCGCCCUUGGAUAGGAUUGCCCAUGCAGGGCCCUGGCCAUUGCCAAUGAUGAUAUUGUCACAGUAGACAGGACCGGGCUCUAUAAAUAAGGAGAUACAAUCGAGGAUGGAAUGUCGUACAGUCGCAUCCCACAAAGGUUCCUCACUUCGAAGCUUUAAGACAUUACCUCCGCGCCGACAAACCGCACUCGGGAUUUCACUCAAGCAAAUAUGUCCACGGUCAACAUGGUGAAAUAUUAUUUUUACAAGGGUAUGGUCCCGAAGGAUAAAGAUCGCCUGCGCCAGUUUGUGGCUUUGGCAUAUCAGACAGCGAGAGACAGAAAGCUCCACCCAAAGGCGGUUCUUAUAAGGUCCGAGAUCCAUGAAACGACCAGCUUCAAUGGCGUACACCUGAAAGAUCCUCUGGGUCCACACGUGACUCUUUGCUACAAAGACGAGGAUCAGCUCCUGCGUGGGACUCAUGUCGCAAGCCAUGGCUAUGUUACUGGGAGGGACAAUCUUGGAUUUGUGCGCGCAACUCAUGCGGGAGAGAAGGCGGACUCGGCUAAAAGGCAGCAAGGAAGAAAGACAGUAUGGCCAUCAGAGGAUGACCUUGAGGCCGUACCGGAGAUCGGCUACAGCCAUCUCCCAAGCAACUAAAGAUUCGAAUCAUCCGUUCGAAGUGCCUGGUUGCUUUGAGCCGACAUGCGAAGAGGAGGCCACCCGCACCCGUCCUUGUAACUUGUGCAGAUAACAUUAAUUUGAUUCAACGGUUGCUUCUAGCUCGUAGGUGAGUAGCACGUGCUCCUAGCUCCUUCAUCGGAUGGGGUUUUGAAAUGAAAAAUUGCCCAUCCUUUUGACGUUUUCGUGGUGAGCUGGAAGCACGCUGCAUACUUCAGGAGAAUCGGCUCGGGAAGC